GAUCAUUACGGAGUCGAUAAUUCCGCGCGUACCACGGUGCGUUUUCUACGUAAAAUUGCUAAUUUGGCAAUGUGGCUUUUAGCAAGAUUAGUCAAAAUGGCCAGUCUUUAAAGAAUACGUAACGGUGGAACAUUUAACGAUUUGUCGCAUCCUUACGAAAGCAACGCGUCUUUGGUACUGUUAGCCCUGGGUAUCGACCGCGAUCCCUAAAAAAGUAGUUUCAGCGGUAGUAGCACUCCAGGGCGAUUCGGAAUUUUCCUGACGAUUGACGCUAAUCGCGGUAAAAAUCGUAAAAGUUGCGCGGAACUGGGGAACCGGUCGAUCGAUCGACGAAAGUAAUUAUUUUAUCGCGGCAAAAGUCGUUGCAUCAUCGCGGAGAAAGAGCGUAACACGAAGCAGGAAUUUUAAAGCAAAAUUGUAGAAUCGGCGGUGUCGACGAUUUCGUAGGGUGCGUGACUCGUACCGUCGCGUUUACGCUCCUUACGUAAAUAGGGAGCCUCGAUAAAUAAGGGUUGUGCCUGGCGGAGAAAAGAAGGAUGAAAAGCGCGAAGAUAGGAAUAGAUUAUCGCGAAACCACUUGUUUCGAUAUUGCCGAGGACAAAAGUACACGUUCGGAGGGGAAGAUCGAUGGAACGGUAAUCUGGUAAGGUGAACGACUCUCGAUGCCGGUGUGUGUUUUGCGGAGGCAUGCGAAGGGUGGCUCUGCUUCGAUCGUGGCGUGGAAAUCGAAAGAGGAAGAGAAAGGAAGGCGGCCAGAGAUAGAGAGAAGGAAGGACAGAGGCGGAGGCAGAGGCAGAGGCGGAGAAGCGAAGAGACACGAGGACCGGCUCUGUGUCACUAGGUCGCGGUGAAACGGGGCUGCACAUGCGUGGUCCAUUUUGCGCCAACCUCCGGACCGCCUCGGGAGUCGAGGAAUGCCAAGUACCCGGAGAUACGGAGGCUGGCGUUAUCGGCGUGCAAAGGGAAGCGAAAGAUAAAUAGUUUCUGGCAGCUCGAUGUCGAGGUGCGAGGACCUAUCGAGAUGACGUCCUCUUCUACCUGCUGACGUAAUUCCGGAGGAUGCAUCGCAGGAUGUGGCUGCAGCAGACGUUUCUCUUGCUGCAAAUGGCUCACCUGAUCGCUUGGGCCAGUCUCGAAAAUACAGGGCUGUCUGACAGAUUAGAAAAUGUGACGCAAACUAUAUCGCGGAUCCUCGACGGUUACGAUAUUCGAUUGAGGCCAAAUUUCGGCGGAAUCGAUAUAGGAGAGCCCCUGUUGGUUGGCAUGGACCUCACGAUCGCGAGCUUCGAUGCAAUCUCGGAAGUAAACAUGGAUUAUACGAUAACGAUGUAUUUAAAUCAGUAUUGGAAGGACGAGAGACUGGCGUUUUCUCAAGAAGAGGAGGUUCUCACUCUCAGUGGAGACUUUGCGGAAAAGAUUUGGGUUCCAGACACGUUUUUCGCCAACGACAAAAACAGUUUCCUGCACGACGUGACCGAGCGCAAUAAACUCGUUCGGUUGUCCGGAGACGGAUCUGUCACUUACGGCAUGAGAUUCACGACGACCCUGGCCUGCAUGAUGGACCUGCACUACUAUCCGCUCGAUUCGCAGAACUGCACCGUAGAGAUCGAAAGCUACGGAUACACCGUGCUGGACGUGGUGAUGUAUUGGAAACAAACGCCGGUCCGUGGUGUGGAAGAAGCGGAACUGCCACAGUUCACGAUAAUCGGUUACGAAACGAACGAUCGUAAAGAGAGGCUGGCCACCGGUAUAUACCAGAGAUUAUCUUUAAGCUUCAAACUUCAAAGGAACAUCGGAUACUUCGUUUUCCAGACCUAUUUGCCUAGUAUCUUGAUCGUGAUGCUAAGCUGGGUCAGUUUUUGGAUAAAUCACGAAGCAACCAGUGCUAGAGUAGCUCUCGGUAUAACGACAGUGCUUACAAUGACCACGAUAUCCACAGGUGUACGUAGUUCACUGCCACGUAUCAGCUACGUGAAAGCUAUCGACAUUUACUUGGUAAUGUGUUUCGUUUUCGUGUUCGCUGCCCUGCUCGAGUAUGCAGCGGUCAAUUACACUUAUUGGGGCGCCAGAGCCAAAAAGAAGACAAAAAAGAAAGAAACCGAGGACAAAAAAGUAAUUUCCUCGAAAUCAGGAAGCAAAGCGAGUUCUCCUUUUCCUGGCUCAACGGAAGCGGACAUAAUAGAGCUUCAAGAUCUCAGAAUGUCUCCCCUGCCAAGUAUAAGAAACAGAUCAGGCCUAGUUAGUAGUAGUUCGACGCCUGGAACCGGAAGAGAACACGAUCCGGCCAAGUUUCCUCCUAGCUUUCGAAUUUCCAGAGUCGCGGCCUACAAUACAUAUGGGAGAAACGCUGGCCUCAGAUACAGAGGCCCUAAACAACAUAAACCUAAGGUACUACACGCGAUACGGAGAGGAGCAUCCGUAUUGCGCGUGUCGAUGCCGAAGAUCAAAGACGUGAACAUUAUCGACAAAUAUUCGAGAAUUAUAUUUCCAGUCAGUUUUAUGCUGUUCAAUGCCAUUUACUGGGUAUUCUAUUUCCUCUGAGCCUAGCCGUCGCAACAGUCUCGUGUCAUCUGCCGUACGAAGAAAGAUAAAAAAAAAAAAACAAGAAAAGGACCAAUCCAUAAUCGAGAAUUGCCAAGAAUCUCAAUGAAAAGGAAAUCAAUUCUAUUUGAACUUGAAUCAAAUUUUGAAAUUAGAUUCCGAAUAGAGUCGACGUUCGGGCCACGAUUGAAAUCGAAAUCUUCGUCAUUUUCGAUCGAAGGGAGCAGGUAUCGAAAGUACUGAAUCGAAAGCUGCCAAUAUUUAUCGACGAGGAAAUAUUUUCAAGGUAUAUCGAUUUAUAAUCUUGAGACGUAAUAAUAUUUUAGAAGAUACGUUCCUAUUCGAUAUUUCAAUUCGAAUGGAUUGCAGCGCGCGGUGCAAAUGGUACUGUUAUUCGAGAAUUUUUUUUAAAUAACGUCAGCUGGAAAGAUCAUUUAAAAAUCGAUAACUUUUCAUUAUUGUUAUCCAAAUCUGUCAUUUACAAAUCAAGCAAUUAACGGUUCAUCUAAAACAAAUUGAGAUUGCAAGUCAGAGACCGUACUUCGAAAUUAAAAAAUCGUCAACUCCCGUAAUUGUUGCUGGUAUCGGUAUCUGAUGGUAUUUCCACACAAAUCGAGAAAAGUCGUUGAACCAACAAAAAUCGUUCGAAAUGAGAGAAGCGUAAAUUUUAGAAGCAUAUAUCAUAAAUUAGAGUAGGUCUCGAUUAAAGCUACUAAUUAUCAUUACUGUAGGUAAAAGAUAUCGUCACUGUUGUCGAUAAUGUCGGUAUUUUCCAAAGCGUGUCUCAUACAUGUUAUCGUACGAGAUUAUCUUAAAACUAUACAGUAGGACUCCGUUCGUACGAAGUUAUGGAGGGAUAAGUUGGUUCGGAUAACCAGAUAUUUUAUAUAACAAUCGUCUUUCGUUCUGUUAACGAGAUAAAUAUUUUAUGAAUUAAUAGGAUUAAUAGAUUUCAAAAAUUUGCUCCUGCUACAAACUUGUAUCGACUGCGACGCAUGAGGGAUCCCGUAUGUCCAUAUAGACUUAGAUGGAUCUACCAUAGAUCUACUAGUAGAUCGGUGCUUGUCUUUCCUUUUAAGUCUAAUUUGUUUUAUCCUUUUGCGAAUGAUAUCUUAUCGUUAGACGUUCGUAUAAGUCGAUCGACGCUCGACGAUGGUUGAGACGAUAGGAGCUCGGCUAAAGUUCAGUUAGCCAGGCGCUACUACAAUUUCAUGUAUAUAAACGGAGUUCCACUGUAUCUUCAAAAUUUUUACUUUCGAUAAAUAAAUAAUACAAAAUAAAUAAUCGCAACGAUUGUAAAUCUUUUUAUUUAUACGUCAACAUCUUUCGAUACAUGUACGAAUGUAUACAUUUUUUAACAUGAGUGUGUAUAUGCGUACGUACAUUACAAUGUUAUAUACAUAUACAUGGUUUAAUAAUUAAUAAUCCAAUUGUUGAUAAACAUUUGUUCAUUUACACGAACGACGACAGUCUUUGAUACGUGCGCGAAAUUAGGCUUAAUCUUCCGUUCGUUGGUACGAAAAUGUACGAAUUCGGAAAAGUUUAGUUCUCCAUUGCUCCAAGGUUAAUUAUAAAACAUCAAUUCGAGAAAUCGUCAUACAGCUUACACUCUCUAUAUUUUCGACGAUAAUAAGUAAAAAUUGGUUUGAGAAAAAUUCCCAUACGUCACAUACAGUGCACUAUUUCUCAAUGUAGAACAGUACAGGCAUGGUAGUUGUAAAUGGAAAACGAAGAAAGAGAAAGAACAGAAUAAAAAAAGUAUUUUCGGUAUCAUUAGUCCAAAGCUUAAGAAAUCGUUCGAGCUUUAAUUUGAACGGUGAGAACGACGAGAAAAGAUGAUCUAAACGAAUGUGAGUACGCGUGAGUGAGAAGAGAAAAAAACUGUCUUUUUCUAGGGAAUAUUUUUCUGAAACAUUGAAAAUGCGAUCCUUAUAGAUUGCGCGUGGUAAUGUUAAUUAUUUUAAUAUAAAUCGUAUCUGUAAUUUUAAAGCAAAUUAAAUUUAGCGACUCGAA